UAUACUUGCCUAUGAGUCUUUGAGGACAUUAUAAUGUCCCUUUGUGCCUCUUCUCACAAGGAGUUUUCUCAGUUGUUACCUAUUCAAGACAUGGAUAUCAAAAAUUCACCAUCUAGCCUUAACUCUCCUGCCUCCUACAACUGCAAUCAAUCUAUCCUACCCCUGGAACAUGGCCCCAUAUAUAUACCCUCCUCCUAUGUAGAGAGCCGCCAUGAAUACUCGGCCAUGGCGUUCUAUAGCCCUGCUGUGAUGAAUUAUGGUAUUCCGAGCAGUAUCAAUAACUCGGAAGGUGGGGCUGGUCGGCAGACCACAAGCCCAAAUGUGUUGUGGCCAACUCCUGGGCACCUCUCUCCUUUAGCGAUCCAUUGCCAGUCGUCACAUCUGUAUGCAGAACCUCAAAAGAGUCCUUGGUGUGAAGCAAGAUCACUAGAACACGCCUUACCUGUAAACAGAGAGACUCUGAAAAGGAAGGUCGGUGGGAGCAGUUGCACCAGCCCUGUUAACGGUCCCGGUUCAAAGCGGGAUGCCCACUUCUGUGCAGUCUGCAGUGAUUACGCGUCGGGAUACCACUAUGGAGUCUGGUCCUGUGAAGGUUGUAAGGCCUUUUUUAAAAGAAGCAUUCAAGGACAUAAUGAUUAUAUUUGUCCAGCUACAAAUCAGUGUACAAUAGAUAAGAACCGGCGCAAAAGCUGCCAGGCCUGCCGACUUCGGAAGUGCUAUGAAGUAGGAAUGGUGAAGUGUGGCUCCCGGAGAGAAAGGUGUGGGUACCGUGUAGUGCGGAGACAGAGAAGUUCUGAUGAGCAGCUGCACUGCCUGAGCAAAGCCAAGAAGGGCGGUGGCCACGUGCCCCGAGUGAAGGAGCUGCUGCUGAGCGCCCUGAGCCCGGAGCAGCUGGUGCUCACGCUGCUGGAGGCAGAGCCGCCCAACGUGCUGGUGAGCCGCCCCAGCUCGCCCUUCACUGAGGCCUCCAUGAUGAUGUCCUUGACCAAGCUGGCCGACAAGGAACUGGUACACAUGAUCAGCUGGGCCAAGAAAAUUCCUGGCUUUGUGGAGCUCAGCCUGUUCGACCAAGUGCGGCUCUUGGAAAGCUGCUGGAUGGAGGUGUUAAUGGUGGGGCUGAUGUGGCGCUCACUUGACCACCCUGGCAAGCUCAUCUUUGCUCCAGACCUUGUUCUGGACAGGGAUGAGGGGAAAUGCGUAGAAGGAAUUCUGGAAAUCUUUGACAUGCUCCUGGCAACGACUUCAAGGUUUCGAGAGUUAAAACUCCAACACAAAGAGUAUCUCUGUGUCAAGGCCAUAAUCCUCCUCAACUCCAGUAUGUACCCUCUGGCUGCAGCAGCCCAGGAGGCUGAGAGCAGCCGGAAGCUGACCCACUUGCUGAACGCCGUGACCGACGCGCUGGUCUGGGUGAUCGCCAAGAGCGGCAUCUCCUCCCAGCAGCAGUCCGUUCGCCUGGCCAAUCUCCUGAUGCUCUUGUCGCACGUCAGGCAUGCCAGCAACAAGGGCAUGGAACAUCUGCUCAGGAUGAAGUGCAAAAACGUUAUCCCCGUGUAUGACCUGCUGCUGGAGAUGCUGAAUGCACACACGCUGCGUGGGUACAAGUCCUCGGUCACGGGGUCUGAGUGCGGCCUGGCAGAGGACAGUGAGAGCAAAGAGGGCUCCCAGAACCCGCAGUCUCAGUGACUCCUGGCCCUGAGGUGAACAGGCUCCCAGAGGGGGACAAAGGCUGAAGAAGCGUGAACUCCAGCACGUUGUGAUCCUGGGCGUCAUCAUCUCCCUGCCAUGCGGCUGGCCCCUCGUUCGGUUAUGACAAAUGAGAACGCGAACAAGGCAAGGUCAACCAUUUGCAUUAAAAACCUCAGUUGAUGGUGAGCUCACCACAGGCCAGCGACACCGAGGCCGCAACGCUGCUUUCUGCUCGCGUGGAACAUGACAUCUAAAAGCCACAAGUGGACUCACCUGGCUCCCCUGCAAGGACAUUAAAUCCUGGGACACUUGUUCCAGUAACUGUUUGAGUUUCUUCUCAAUAACGUGGACCUUCUCCUCAGCCUCAAUGUAGUCUUCUCCUUGCCCCUUGAUAAGAAGGCUGUUUGAAAUCUCCUGUAAGGUAUCUACUUGAGGUUGACGUUCCACUAGCUCCUUUUCCAGUUGCUGAAAAUAAAAAAAGUGUGUCAAACA